ACUGUUCAUUCUGUCAAUAUUUUAAAAGAUGGGUUUACAAGUUUUAAGAUUAUGUGCUGUUAUACUUGUCAUCAUAGCAUGUCUACAGCCAAUUAUAGCAUAUGUGAGCAACCGCUGUUUCCAGAGUAAUCGAGGGUUAUCUCAUGGCUGUAAUCUCUCUAUAUUACGCCGGUUUCCUUACAACAAUGCCUUCGUGAAACCAUGCAAUCGUCAUAACAUUUGCUACCGUUGUGGUUCAAAAUUUAGUAAAACCAGAUUAUACUGUGACCAUAUUUUCUUACAUGACAUGCUGGAAGUAUGUAAAAGGAUGCCAUAUCUAAGGAUAGCAAGAUGCAAAUCAUAUGCAGGCCGUGUAUACUAUAAAGCUGUUCGUGUUGGAGGUUUAUUCUUCUUUAGAAAGACACCAAAGUACGAAUGUAGCCAACGCUGGGUGCGCAGUUGUUUUGCAUGA